CCAAUCAGCAGCACCAGUCUGGUCGACCACUUUCUCUCCCCAACAGGUGACCGCGGGGAGGCCGGCCGCCAGCCAGAUGUGGUGCGGAAGAACCAGGGCCUUGCUCCGGGUGUCGGGGUUAUGGCCGACAGGGGUGCUCGGGAGGAGACCGCUAAACUGCAGUGCUGCGUCACUGGCGGGAAGCAACUCCCCCCGGUGUUGGAACUGCGGCGGCCUAGGGGGCCCCUUGCGGGGGGACCGGUUCUUCUGCCCUCAGUGCUGCGCGCUGCAGCCACCUGACCCCACGCGAGACUACUUCAGCCUCAUGGACUGCAACCGCUCCUUCAGAGUUGACACUGCAAAGCUCCAGCAUAGGUACCAGCAACUACAGCGUCUUAUCCACCCAGAUUUCUUCAGCCAGAGGUCUCAGACUGAAAAGGAUUUCUCAGAGAAGCAUUCGACCCUUGUUAAUGAUGCCUAUAAGACUCUUCUGGCUCCCCUGAGCAGGGGACUAUACCUUCUAAAGCUCUGUGGAGUAGAGAUUCCCGAAGGGACAGAUUAUGAAAUGGACAGUCAAUUCCUCAUGGAAAUAAUGGAAAUCAAUGAAAAACUUGCAGAAGCUCAAGGUGAAACUGCCAUGAAAGAGAUGGAAUCUAUUGUCAGAGCUAAACAGAAAGAAUUGACUGACAAUGUGAGCAGAGCUUUUGAAAGAGAUGAUUUUGAAAAAGCCAAGGAACUUUUAACAAAGAUGAGAUACUUUUCAAACGUUGAAGAAAAGAUUAAGUUAAAGAAGAUUCCCCUCUAAUUGUUGCUAAUUUUAAAGUUUUAAAAAUAAAGUUCUUAUCUAUUUCUUUUCUGGA